GGCUGCCAUGCGGUUUAUGUUGGACGAAGGGCCAACUAAACAAAUGAACGAUGCCGCCCGCACCGUGUGCCUUAAAACUAUGGCCCCUGGAGUCACUUCCGACAAGUACAUGUCUCACGCCAUUGGCAUGUUCAAAAAAGGAGACCUGGAGGCCAAGAAAAAGAUUGACGCCUGUACGUACAAGAAUUCACUGAAAGGAAAGUGGGUGCGUGCCAGACAGACAAUGAUUCGCGAGUGUGCGCUUGAAGCCCAGAAGAAGCUGCCCGCGAACCUCAGGGGUGACCUGCAGUUCCUCUACGCCCUGCAUCUCAACUCAACUGCCCUGGAAAUUUACCUAUCGUGUGCGGAACACGAGGAAGACACUAUAGUGGAUGGGCCCACGGGUGCCGGCGGGGUCGUGGACGUGUACUGCACCAACAAUGGCAAAGCUCCUCGAAAGUGCCCCCAGUGCGCCUCCGAGGUGUACACAACCGUUGACGCAGCUAAGGUGGAGGCCACGGUAGACGCCUGCUACAGCAAAAAAGAAGCGGCACAUCCGUUAUACAAGCAAUACACUGCCUACUUGGGACAGACGAAGGGCAUGAUUGGCACCCGAACAAGAUGCAUGCAACAAGUCUUGGGUGCCCAAGGCGCAGCGGCGGUAGAGAAGAGCGAGGGUGGAAAAAAGGCAGCACCGGCGAGAGGCUGA